UUAAGAGAACAAGAUAGAUGGCUACCUAUUGCAAACGUUGCCAGGUUGAUGAAGAACACUCUACCGUCCACUGCCAAGGUGUCCAAGGAUGCUAAAGAGUGCAUGCAAGAAUGUGUAUCGGAGUUCAUAUCGUUCAUUACAAGUGAGGCAAGUGAUAAGUGCUUAUCUGAAAAGAGAAAAACCAUCAACGGUGAAGAUAUUCUCUUUGCCAUGGCCAGUCUCGGGUUUGAAAACUAUGCUGAAGUGUUGAAGAUCUACUUGGCCAAGUACAGAGAGCAACAAGCGUUGAAACAGGAG